CCAGCAUCACACAAACGGGCGGUCUAGAACAUCUCUACAAUUUGAAGAUCUUCGUCUUUUCCAAGACACGAUAGCUCUCGACAGGAAUCCUCAAGCCCAAGAAUUUGGUAGUUGGGGCACAUCAAGGAAUGGCAUCAGCCCAGACGGUGCUGCCCUUCCUGACCCAGACGACCAGCAACAGCAAGAACAACAAGACACCCACAGCAGCAGUGUACGCCAAUGCUUCGGAUACAGUAGCACGGAGCGCCCAGAACCAUAAGCCCUCGAUAUUCUCCUCGUCACGCUCUGCAUCGCAGAUAUCGCAAAACUCGCGGCCAUCGAAACGGCCUCCCCACUCCCAACCCGCGAUCAUGUCCGAGACGGAUCACACGUCAGAUCCGAGCUCUAAGAGCAAAACGCCGUCAACCGGCACCGGCGUCUCUUCCCAGCAUAGUUCGCUGUCGAAUGGUGCCUCGCGGCCCUAUAAUCCAGAUGCGCAUCCUCCUCGCCGGCUGCGCUCGCAGUACCCGCGCGGAAACACGGAGAAUCAUGUCGAGUAUAUAUUGGUAGCGUCCUUCGAUAUCGACCGGGGACCAGUGAUGGAACACCAAUAUCCCGUCGCAAUCACUGGAGACGAGCAUAUGCUCGCCGAACUGAUGUUGCCGGACCAAACCCACGUGCGGAACCAAGACUGGACCAUGUUCUUCUUGCACAAGGACUCGAGCCAGGAGGAGGAAGACGAGGAACGGAACGCCAAGGACGAGCGAAGGAGACGGAGGAGGCGGAAACGGGACCGCGCCAAGGGCAUAAUACACGAGUCGGAUGACGAAGACGAGGACAAUGAAGACGGUGGAGAUUCCGAGGACGAAGACUGGGACGACGAUUCGUCUAGUGACAGUGAGCCCGAGGGCGGCGAAGGGCCGCCUUUGAUUUAUGUCCUCAACCUGGUAAACACCAAACAGGACAAGACCGUCAAAAGAGGCGCGGUUGUAAAAGCAAUGGCCAUCUGCACACGCCAUCCAUUUUUGCACAUAUACAAGCCUCUUCUAUUAUUGGCCCUAGAGGAGUACUUCAAGUCUCCCGUUCUAGAGACGCUCUCCAUGUUAUACGAUGCCGUCAACGACAUGGAUCUCUCACUCAUGCCCAAGCUUAGUCUGUUGGAGAGGCAUUUGCUACAAGCAAGUGCUAACAAGGACCUCUUCGUGGAGAAGUUUGAGCAGAUGAUACAAAUGAGAAUCGCGGAAGACCGGGGAGAGAACGUAGCCGACCAACCGUUCGAUGCCAGCAGGAGUCCACCGAAGCCGCCAGGCAUAUCAAGAGCCGGAACGAAAGCUCAUUUCGAAGGGCAAUCAACUUACUCCGUCCCCAGAGACACCCACGAGUUUGAGAGCAAAGUCAUGUACAAGGGGAUUCCCAUCCCGAUCAAGGUCCCUGUGGCAGUCAUGCCUGAGACAGUGGGCGAUUUUUCCCUGAUCAAGCUCAUCCAGAACUUCUCUGAGCCCCAUACGAGGUCGCCACAGGCUUUCCAGCUACAUCCUCAUUUGACCACCAACGGCGCCAAUUCGCACCCAAUCAUCGUACUCGUCAAUGCGCUACUCACCCAGAAGCGCGUCAUCUUCCUGGGCUACAACAUGCCCUCCGGAGAGGUUGCUGAAGCUGUUCUUGCGGCUUGCGCCCUCGCUUCGGGGGGUGUAUUGCGGGGGUUCACCAGGCACGCCUUCCCAUACACUGACCUGACGAAGAUCGACGACCUCCUGAAGGUUCCUGGCUUCAUCGCGGGGGUCACAAACCCCACCUUUGAGCAUCAUCCGGAGUGGUGGGACGUCCUGUGUGAUCUGCCCAGCGGACGGGUGAAGAUCAGCAGCAAAAUCGACCCAGCUCCUAUCACUGAAGGCCUAGUCUACUUCCAACAACAAAACCCCGCUUACGCCGGCCUAGUGAACGGGUCGUCUUCAAGCAGCUCCGCUGCAAACGAUCUCACGGGCGACAACGCUUUCAUGGGAGACAUCCAACGCAGCAUCGCAGCGAGACACGGCGAACGGGUCAUCCGAGCAAAGUGGCGCGACUGGGUUACCAAGUUCACUCGCAUAGCGGCCGCGUUUGAGGAGAGCGUCUAUGGCGCCAGUGCCCUGUAUGUCGGAAGCGACGAGUACGAGAGCGGCACUAGGGGGGUAUCCGGGCAUGGAUAUGUCUGGUGUGACGAGGUGUCCAAGGCGAAAGAGCUUGCUGGAAACGUCACAAGGAUCGAGGGCUGGAGGAAUACGAGGAGUUAUUACAGCUUCAUUCAGGACGUGGCCCAGUUAUACCAAAUUCGACCCCUGAAAGGGAUGGACCUGCACCAUAUGCACGACCGUUUACGGACGCAGCGCUUAUCACCUGCGCAAAGCAAGGAAAUAUACUCGGCCCUUUCCCAGUAUAUCUACUCCUACGACGAGAUCUGCCUCCUCCUAUCCGUUGCCCCCGAAUCCCACGCCGGGCUUUUCUACAUCGCACUCGGGCUGUUCCAUAAGGACCGCGACGUCAGGAACAAGACCGCUGAUCUACUUGAACGGAUUGGAGAGCACGAAGCCGGCCGGCACUGGUGGAGAGCCUUGAGCCGGUUCGAAAAGCUUGCUUAUAUCCGCAUCAGGAGGGAGGCAGAUCUCGAAUUGAGGAGCAAACUAGGCAAGGAUGGUUACAGCCCAGAUGCAGAGAGGAGGGUCAGUUGAGAGUGAGAGAGGGUUCGUUUUCCCACGAUGGGGAGCACAGCCGACGUUCUUUUUCCCGCACCGCUGCUUCAUAUCAUCACAUUACCGGCGCUAUGAGGAGUUUUAAAGGAUGGAAAUGAGUCUAUGAACUUGACGAAGGAUGAGCUGAAUACUUCUGUUGACCUGGGGUGAAACGCCGCCGUAUGUAUA